UGUGUCGAAGACGCGAGGAAUCAUGGCCGACGCGUUUGGAGACGGUUUGUUCAGCGUGUUUGAUGAUGAACAAACUACACCCAGCAAAAAGACACUUGUCCCGCUGUCAACAGAGGCUGGGAAAGCCGCAGGGAAAAAUGACAACGACAGGGAUGCCGGCCCAGCUGCCAGGUUAAAGAGGGAGGCGGACAGCGAUGGUCCGGAGGAUGUGGUGUUCAUGAAGAAACCUCGACAUGAGGCGGCCUCAGCUUGUGACAUAAAUCUUUCAGAUUUCAUGCCACAAGUGAAGGUGGAGCAAGUCGAGACUGUGGAGGGAUGCUCACAUGAGGUGGCUCUGCCUGCCAGUGAGGAGUACAAACAACUGAAACCUCGAGUGGGGAAAGCAGCCAAGGAAUACCCCUUUAUUCUUGACCCGUUCCAGCGUGAGGCUAUCCUGUGCAUUGACAACAACCAGUCGGUGCUCGUGUCUGCACACACCUCUGCCGGCAAGACGGUUUGUGCCGAGUAUGCCAUCGCGCUGGCCCUCCGGGAGAAGCAGAGAGUGAUUUUCACCAGUCCCAUCAAGGCUCUGUCCAACCAGAAGUACAGAGAGAUGUAUGAGGAGUUUCAGGAUGUGGGACUGAUGACCGGUGAUGUCACCAUCAACCCCACGGCCUCCUGCCUUGUCAUGACCACAGAGAUCCUGCGGAGUAUGUUGUACAGAGGCUCUGAGAUCAUGAGGGAGGUGGCCUGGGUCAUCUUUGACGAGAUCCAUUACAUGAGAGAUGCAGAGCGUGGUGUGGUGUGGGAGGAGACCAUUAUUCUGCUUCCUGACAACGUACACUAUGUCUUCCUGUCAGCCACCAUCCCCAACGCCAAACAGUUUGCUGAGUGGAUCUGCCAUCUUCACAAGCAGCCGUGCCAUGUGGUUUACACAGACUACCGUCCAACUCCUCUGCAACACUACAUCUUCCCAGCAGGGGGCGAUGGACUCCACUUGGUGGUGGAUGAGAACGGAGACUUCAGAGAAGACAAUUUCAACACAGCCAUGCAGGUGCUUAGAGAUGCCGGGGAUCCUGGGAGCAGCAGAGGAGGGGGCAAGUGGGACCCAAGAGGACGGCGAGGAGGAACUAAAGGUCCAUCCAGUGUGUUCAAGAUAGUGAAGAUGAUCAUGGAGAGAAACUUCCAGCCUGUCAUUAUUUUCAGCUUCAGCAAGAAGGAGUGUGAGGCCUACGCUUUGCAAGUGUCCAAGCUGGACUUCAACACAGAUGAGGAGAAACGGCUGGUGGAGGAAGUGUUCAACAACGCCGUGGACUGUCUUUCCGAUGAAGACAAGAAGCUACCUCAGGUGGAGCAUGUGCUGCCGCUGUUGAAGAGGGGGAUAGGUAUCCACCAUGGAGGCCUACUGCCCAUCCUGAAAGAGACCAUAGAGAUCCUUUUCUCUGAAGGUCUACUCAAGGCCCUGUUUGCCACGGAGACAUUUGCUAUGGGCAUCAACAUGCCAGCCCGCACUGUGCUCUUCACCAGCGCUCGCAAGUUUGACGGGAAGAACCACCGAUUUAUCACAUCAGGUGAAUACAUCCAGAUGUCUGGGCGUGCUGGGAGGAGAGGAAUGGACAAGAGAGGAAUUGUUAUUUUCAUGGUGGAUGAGAAGAUGAGCCCGGCUGUUGGCAAACAGCUACUCAAGGGCUCAGCAGACCCUUUGAACAGCGCCUUCCACCUGACCUACAACAUGGUGCUCAACCUGCUGCGUGUGGAGGAGAUCAACCCAGAGUACAUGCUGGAGAAGUCUUUCUACCAGUUCCAGCACUACAGGGCUUUACCUGGUGUAGUGGAGAAGAUCAAGAAGCUGGAGGAGCAGUAUCAUGCCAUUGAGAUUCCUAAUGAGGAGAGUGUGGUCAGCUACUACAAAAUCCGACAGCAGCUGGCCAGGCUGGGUAAAGAGAUCCAAGAGUUCAUCCACAAACCCAAAUACUGCUUGCCAUUCUUACAGCCUGGGCGACUCGUCAAGGUGAAAAAUGAAGAUGCUGACUUUGGAUGGGGCGUGGUGGUUAACUUUUCUAAGAAGGCUAAUGUGAAGGCUGGUCCAGACUCAGAGCCGCUGUAUGUGGUGGAGGCUUUGGUUCACUGCAGUAAGGAGAGUGUAAAGGAUGCUGCUACAGAGGCUGCCCAACCGGCUGCCCCGGGAGAGACUGGAGAGAUGCAGGUGGUACCAGUGAUGCUCCACCUGCUGUCUUCCAUCAGCUCAGUUCGCCUUUACAUUCCCAAAGACUUGAGGUCUUACGACAACAGACAGCUCAUGCUGAAGUCUGUACAGGAGGUGCAGAAGCGCUUCCCAGAUGGCGUUCCUCUGCUGGACCCCAUGGACGACAUGGGCAUCAAAGACCCUGGACUGAAGAAAGUCAUUCAGAAGAUGGAAGCCUUUGAGCACCGCAUGUACUCCCACCCGCUGCACAGCGACCCCAACCUGGAGAAUGUCUAUUCACUUUGUGAGAAGAAAGCCUUGAUUGCAGCAGAUGUCAGAACAGCCAAGCGGGAGCUGAAAAAGGCACGGACGGUCCUGCAGAUGGACAAGCUAAAAUGCAGGAAAAGAGUUCUGCGACGGCUGGGCUUCGCCACUCCCUCUGAUGUCAUCGAGAUGAAAGGACGGGUCGCCUGUGAAAUUAGCAGCGCUGAUGAGCUGCUUCUGACAGAGAUGGUGUUCAACGGCCUCUUCAACGAUCUGACAGCUGAACAAGCCACCGCCCUGCUGUCCUGCUUUGUCUUCCAGGAGAACGCCAGUGAGAUGCCAAAACUAACUGAACAACUAGCUGGACCGCUGAGACAAAUGCAGGAGUGUGCAAAGCGCAUAGCCAAGGUGUCUGCAGACGCCAAGCUGGAGGUGGAUGAGGAGACCUAUCUAAACCAGUUCAAGCCCCACCUGAUGGACGUUGUCUACACCUGGGCUAACGGAGCCUCGUUCGCUCAGAUCUGCAAAAUGACUGACGUCUUUGAAGGGAGUAUCAUCCGCUGUAUGCGUCGUCUGGAGGAGGUGCUGAGACAAAUGUGCUCUGCAGCCAAAGCUAUUGGCAACACGGAGCUGGAGAACAAGUUCGCUGAAGGAAUAACCAAAAUCAAGAGGGACAUUGUGUUUGCUGCCAGUCUCUACCUAUAAGUGUCUCCCAGAUGCCCAACACGGGAUGGGCAGUGGCUGUGGGAACAUAAGUACCUGUUUUUGACCUUUCUAAAGAGACUAUGUGUAAAAUAUUGAUCAUUCUGCCACCACUACCACAGUUCUUUGCUGUCGGACUAGUCUUUUUUUUUUUAUUUUUUAUGUAGUUUCCAAGUGUUAAAUGGGUUGGUUUUGUAUUUUGUAUGCCAUUUGAAACCCUCGUAGUUGAGGAAAAAAUGUCACUUGGAUGUUUGGAUUCUGUUUUAAGCAGUAUCUACUUACAGCUUGUCCCCCGAGCUUCUUAAUGUUUCUGAUCAUGUCUGGACCCUGUUGUCAUCCAGGAGAGCCUGGAUGUGUGUUGUUGAAUGGAGAACUGUGUAUGCAUUCGGCAUAUGCUCCAUGCUGCAUACCUUGCAGUCAGCUGCCACACCUCAAAGCACUGGGAAAAGUGUAUGACAUGCAAGCUAAACGUAUUAUACAGUUUAAAGGGGCUAAAUCUGCCUAAGAAUACAGAGGCUUUUUUUUAUUUAUCACUAAAUGCAUCUUCUGUGACGAAAACACUUUGAACAUUUCUUAAAUAAGAAAAGUACAUUGUAUGACAAAUUCAUGUGAACAGUACAGGCCAUGCUUUAAAUUGAAAUGACACGUUAACACGUUUUGAGUUCAUGUUAUUAAGCAAAAUGGCUUUAUUCUUCUUUUUUAUUUUAGUUGUCAUUCAGAGCAGAACAUCAAGACAUUUGUACAUAUUUGCAACAAUUUUCAAUAAAGGUCUGUAUAGUGA